UCAUUCUCGAACAAUAGCAACAGACAGGUCCAUGAUACCGGCCAACAAGUCCUGCUUCUUUUGACAGCAAGGCCGGUCAAGUCUCUACAGCGACAGAUUGACCUUGUUGGAAUGACAGCACAGGUCGUGAAUAGACGAAUUUUGAAGUGGCUCGCCAUCUCUUGCACGUUAAAUACUUGAUUACUUAAAGGGCGAGCGUCUCCAAAUAAAACAUAUAUAUUGGGCAUUCAUUGCUCCAAACCAUACCCCGCAAGAACACUCCUGAUAGUGUCACAAGAGAACUCAUGAAGACAUUACCUCAUUCUUCAUGCAACAGCAAAACCAGCAAGUUAGCCAUACCAGUGCUUGGAUUUUCCCUAGUGUUAAUUCUCUCAUUGGCCUCUCCUACCACCUCAUGCACCGAGAAGGAGAAGAGCUCCUUGCUCCAGUUCGUCGCUGAGCUCUCCGUCCAGGGUGGCCUCGCUACUUCGUGGAAGCAUGACACAGAUUGUUGCAAAUGGGAAGGUGUAACCUGCAGUUCAAACCAGACGGUGACUGAUGUUUCCCUGGCUUCCAGAGGUCUUCAGGGGCACAUCUCACCGUCCCUGGGCGACCUCACUGGCCUUCUGCGCUUAAACUUGUCCAACAACAUGCUAUCUGGAGGCCUACCGACAGAGCUGGUGUACUCCAACAGCAUCAUUGUCCUAGAUGUCAGCUUCAACCAACUCAAUGGAGAUUUUCAGGAGCUGCAAUCUUCAACCCUGAGACCUCUGCAGGUGCUGAACAUCUCAAGCAACUUCUUUACAGGACAAUUUCCAUUCACCACAUGGGAAGUGAUGAAGAGUCUGGUUGCACUCAAUGCUAGCAACAACAGCUUUACUGGGGAGAUACCAACCAUGUUCUGUUUCAGUGCACCAUCCUUUGCUUUGCUUUAUCUCAGCUAUAACCAAUUCAGUGGAGGCAUCCCUCCAGGACUCGGUAAUUGCUCCAUGCUGACAUCUCUCAGUGCUGGGAGCAACAACCUCAAUGGGGCUCUUCCUGAUGAACUCUUCAACCUCACCUUGUUGGAGCACCUCUCUUUAUCUAACAAUCAGUUAGAAGGAUCACUCAGUGGCAUCAGCAAGCUCAAAAAUCUGGUCACCCUUGAUCUUGGAGGGAACAGUAUCAAUGGAAAUGUCCCGGACUCAAUAGGUGAACUAAAGAGAUUAGAGGAGUUCCAUUUGGACCACAAUAACAUGUAUGGGGAACUCCCAUCCACUCUAACCAACUGCACAAAUCUCAUGAUCAUCGACCUCAAAAGUAACAGUUUCAGCGGAGAACUCAGCAAUGUCAAUUUCUCCAACUUACCCAAUUUAAAAAUAUUGGAUCUUUUGCGGAACAACUUUGAUGGCACAAUCCCAGAGAGCAUCUAUUCAUGCAGCAAUCUGAAAGCAUUACGACUAUCUUCAAAUAAGUUUCAUGGCCAGUUGUCAGAAAGAAUCGGCAAUCUGAAGUCCCUCACAUUUCUAUCGCUUGUUAACAACUCCAUUUCAAAUAUCACAGGUGCACUUCAGAUCCUAGGGAGUUGCAGGAAUCUGACCACCUUAUUUAUUGGGCAUAACUUCUUUGAUGAGGCCAUGCCAGAGGAUGACACAAUUGAUGGUUUUGAGAAUCUUCAGGUUCUUGCUUUGAAUCAUUGUUCAUUAUCUGGAAAAAUACCCUUUUGGUUCUCAAAGCUCAAAAAUUUGGAAGUGUUACUUUUGUAUGGAAAUCAACUAACUGGACCAGUACCAGACUGGAUCAACAGCCUAAACUUCCUAUUCCAUAUAAACCUAUCAAACAACAGUCUUAUAGGGGAAAUUCCAACAGCCUUAGUAGACAUGCCAGUGCUAAAAGCAGAUAAGGUUGCAUCAAAGGCCUUUGAACUUCCUGUUUACAAGAGUCAAUCACGACAAUUCCGUAUGCUUAUUUCUUUCUCUACGACACUGAAUUUAGGCAUGAAUAACUUCAGUGGUAUGAUCCCUGAAGAGAUCGGUCAGUUGAAAGCGCUCCUUUCACUCUAUUUGGGCUACAACAAAUUAACUGGACCAAUCCCACAAUCGAUCUGCAACCUCACAAACCUCGAGGCACUGGACUUGUCUAGCAACCAUCUAACAGGUGCAAUCCCGACCGCACUAAACAAUCUGCAUUUCCUUUCUAAAUUCAAUAUCUCCAACAACGACCUAGAAGGGCCUAUCCCAACCACUGGCCAGCUGAGCACAUUUCCAAGUUCUAGCUUCGACGGGAAUCCAAAGUUGUGUGGUCCUAUGCCUGCGCACCACUGUGAUUCGCCAGAAGCGAUUUUCUCUGCAAAACAAAACGGCGACAUGAUCGAAAAGGUCAUCUUUGCGAUCGCCUUUGGCGCGUUCUUUUGUGUAGGGGUGCUGUAUGAUCAGAUAGUAUUAUCCAAGUUUUUUGGCUAGUGCUACUUCAGUUUGCAUACCGGUUUGUGGUGAUUUUGCUUAUUCAGGUUUAGCAGGAGCUUCAGUCUACAAGCCUCCACUAGUGGAACCAUACUUAACUCAUAUUCAGAUUUACCAAAAGGUAAAACUGGAAGUUAUUCUGAGGUGAUAAUUGAAUAGUGAGUUGUGAUCCCAUGGUUGGAGAUGUAUUAAAGUGAGUAACCAUGUGCCAUGUGAGUUAGUAAUUUUAACUGACGCAAUAUGAAUACGUCAGUACUUGAAUCUUUUUGCCUUGUCAGGAUCCAGCGUAACUCUACUAGGCACUAGCCAUGAUUUUCUGGAUCAGAUAUUCCAUCAAAACACC